CUAAUAAGUUAACCUUUUUGCCGCGAUUGGAUUGGUCGAAUUCAGCAAGCCCCGUCUUUGAAUUGUUUAGAACCAAUAGAACGGCACUAUAUCUGCCCAAAAUGAUUGACAGCACCGUUAGCCAAUCAGAAUCGGAAUUAGGAAAUUAAACGGUUCUCUGAGAGGAAUGAUUUGAGAGUAAGAAGAUAGUGUGGAUUUAUUGGUGAAAAUAACUUUUUCGUGGCAAAACGCCAGAGAUUGUAGAUUAUUUUGAGUCACCUUUUAAACUUUCCUGUCACCUUCAGCCUUCAUAGACAGAUGAGUGACUCCAUUUUGGUGAGAUUUUCCACUAUCCUUCACUAUAUAAAGCAGCUUAAUGCCCGGUCACAUCAGCUGUUUGAUGAGGGAAUAUCAGACAAGUUCUGAGUGUGAAAGCUGAUUUCGACGAUGUCCUUCUACUCCCUCCUGUUCUCUUUAAUGCUGUUCUCUGAGAUGAACAGUCACUUGGUCACAGUGGCCAUUCCUUCAACUACAGUAGAAGAUGGCGCUGCAGAACAAGAAGGUUUGGACACAUUUCUGGCUGAUGACGACGUGACUGAACACGCUGCGGUUCCUCUGAUGUACAGACGGAGCCUCACAAAUGAUGCGACAUCGAAAAUCAUCGUCAUAUCGGACAUGAACCUGGAGGGGCAGCGUAUUCGUGGGCUGAAGCGGCGCCAUCCUCUGGUUGCAGAACGAAGUUUGGACCGCACACCUGAUGAGUUCACUUUGAAAAUAAAUAAACGAGAAAAAGACCUUGACAUGCUGCGAUGUAUGAUUGGGAGAGUUUACCGGCCCUGUUGGGAAGCUUGAGUGUUUCUCAAAUAUACUACAAAAAUUACACCAUAAACAUGUCCUCAUUCUUAAAAAAAAGUGACAAACAUCAACAGAACAGUUUAUUAAAUGGAAGCUUGUAUUGGAAUUGUACAUAGUAAAAGUUCAAACUUCAUAUGUAGCAAUUAAAUGCAUUUCUGUUUACAUGUAUGCAGAUAAGUUAGAAAUAAAGUGCAAUGAUCAAA